AUUGUCAAUAACAUUCUUUAUUAAAUAUAAAUUUGAAUUUGUUGACAAAAUAUUUUUUAUAGUAUAAUCUCUAAUGAAAAAUUAAAAAGAACUCAUUAGUUUAGCGUUUUUACUUGAUAUAAUGUGAUAAGGUUGUUUACCAAUAAAUCCUUAACCCGGCUGUUCUUUGUGUGCUGAUUGCGAGUAUUUUCGUCUAGUUGUGAGAGUUCAGUUUAACAAACAGAAUGAAUAUGAGAACACCCCACUCACUCUUGAAUGAUGAGACUACAGAGAUCAUACCUGUAGUGCAGCAUCAAGAAGUCGAUUUUUCAGAAUAUAUGUGGAUGGAAGAAAUGGAAGAAUUUGAUCGGCAGGUAGAAGAAGAACUUCUUGAGCAGGACAUGAUAGAACAAUGUUUUGAGGAUUUGUAUGAAAUGGAGCAAAUAGCUACAGAAAUUUUAUCCAGCUCACCUAUAGAGAAUGCAUUUAUCACAUUUGAUUCAUCUCAUGCAGGCAUGAGGACUAAUGGCAUGGCUCAUGCUAGGCAGGAAUAUACAUAUGUCUUUAUGACUCCAGAAAAUAUUAUUCUAUCUAGCAAACUAAAUCCAUUGGCUCCUGAAUUCUUUCCAAGAGGACAGUGUUAGCAAGAAGGUAAUGAGACAGUAUUAGCAUCACACCAAGUGGAGCAGCAUUUACAAUUGUUUUACAGAGCAUCUCCAUCUUUAGGAAUUUCUACAUUCAAUUAGUUUUUGUUUGGUUGUGAAACUACACUUCCUUGUUUUUUCGUUUCUGCAGUUGUCUUGUAGAAAAAGUUCAGAUGGCAGAUAAUAGGAAAGCUACUUGAAGUUUUCAUUGUAGUUUUCUUUUCGGGGCAUUUUAGCAAUUUGAAAAAAAAAGAAUGAAAAAAAAAAUUCUUUCACAAAACAAAAUCAAUGGAGAAUGGAUUUAUUACAUGUUCUAUUUUAAAAAAUCAACUUAGAUGAUUUUUAUUAAAGAAUCUCGUGUUUAUAAUUCUGAAAAAUGCCUUGAUCACUACUGAUAUGUUAUAAUCAUUUCAUUCAUAAUAUGCAUUGCCUUUUAGUUUCUAGGGAUUGGUUAGCUUGCACAAAUCUUUUUCAUAUGUUAUUUUAUUUUAUAGAAUUCUUGUUGCCAUAUUUUAAAAAUUAAAAAAAUGCACCAUUUUUGAUAAUUAAAAUAGAAAGACGUUUCUCAGAAAUUUUAAUCAAUAUUUGGAGUGGGUACAAAUUGAUUUGCUUAUUAAUUUAGUACAAGUCUUUGUUUUCAAGACUUAUUUGAAUCUUCUAUGAGUGUUUUUAGCCAUUUAAUUUUGACGACUUUAGUAUUGUAAGUAAUGACUUGAAGUGAGAGAAGAAUGAGAUGUCGGUACAAACUUGAUUGGCUUAGAAUGGCUUCCUUGUCUUGAUACAACUGUGAUUUUUUUUAUUGCUGUUUAAAUGUUACAUGGAACCUCAAGAAGCAUUGUGUUGGCUUAACAAACAUCUAGUCCUCCAGAUCUUGAAGUGAUGGAAGAGGACAUGUUUGUUGUUUUAUUUUUUUUAAUUAAUUUUGUGCUAUUUUAAUGCAAACCAAUAAACUUCCAUUUUAAGACCGUU